CCACAGCCAAGCUCCUUAACUCAAACAACUCUGAACUACUGAGAGUCUCAAACCUUCAUAAUUCCAUUUCUCAUAUCGCAGAAGAAGUUGAUCCUUUUCUCCCUACUUCAGCAGAAACCGAAAACAUGAUGAAACCUGAAGCAUGUGUGUACUCACACUUCACAAAAUGCUUCCGAAACACGUGUAAUUCUGAAUCACACAAAUCAUCAAACUCAGACAAAGAUUCCGAUGACGCAGAAACGACGCCGCACGCUCAAUCGGAGACGGCAGCAACCGUCCGGAGAAAACCAGGCGGAUGGAAAGCCAUAUCUUUCGUCUUAGCAAACGAUACGUUGGAGAGGUUGGCAACGUUUGGAUUGUUGGCAAACUUUAUGGUCUACUUGACGAGGGAGAUGCACUUGGACCAGGUUUCGGCUUCCAACAUUAUAUACAUCUGGUCUGGUCUGACCAACUUCGCUCCUCUGCUCGGCGCCUUCGUCUCCGACUCUUAUGUCGGUCGGUUUCGUGCCAUCGCUUUCGGGUCCUUCUCAUUACUUCUGGGAAUGGCAACACUGACAAUGACAGCGUGGUUGCCGAAGCUGCAUCCUCCGCCGUGCAGCAGCAACCAGCUGAAAUUGGGCCAGUGCCCACCUCCGAGCAAAGCCCAACUGGGCUUCUUAAGUUUGGGCCUGGGCUUUCUCUCGGUAGGCACGGGAGGAAUUAGGCCCUGCAGCAUGCCCUUCGGUGUUGACCAGUUUGACCCGAACACCGAAGAAGGAAAGAAAGGAAUCAAAAGCUUCUUCAACUGGUACUACGCCACAUUCACAGUUGUGUUGCUGAUCACUUCAACUCUGGUGGUCUACAUCCAAGACAAGAUCAGCUGGACUUUGGGUUUUGGGAUACCAACAUUGCUCAUGUGUGGCUCAAUUGUGCUUCUGUUUAUUGGAGUAAGGAUUUACGUGCAUGCUAAGCCACAAGGUAGCAUGUUCGCCAGUAUUGCUCAGGUUUUUGUUGCUGCUCACAAGAAACGACAACUUAAGCUUCCAGACGACAAACCAAUUGAUGGAAGCAAAUUGUACGAUCCUCCGGUGAAGGAUUUGCUCAUGCAAAAGCUCCCUCUCACUAACCAAAUCAGGUUCUUGAACAAGGCCGCUAUAAUAGUGGACAAUGAUCUGAAGCCCGAUGGCUCUCCAGUUAACAAAUGGAGGCUUUGCAGCGUCCAACAAGUUGAAGAACUUAAAUGUGUCAUAAAAACCAUGCCAAUAUGGGCUUCAGCUAUCGUUAGCUUCACCGCCAUGUCACAACAAGGAACAUUCACUGUAUCCCAAGCCCUCAGAUUAAACCGCCACCUUGGUCAGAAUUUCGAAAUACCAGCUGGUUCACUCAUUGUCAUCUCCUUGCUCACAAUAGGAAUAUUUCUCCCGAUCUACGACAGGCUCUUAGUACCCGCUCUUCGAAAAGUUACCAGAGACGAAGGUGGGAUCACAGUUCUACAAAGAAUCGGAAUCGGGAUUGUUUUUUCAGUCCUGGCAAUGCUCGUAGCUGGUUUCAUUGAAAAGGAAAGAAGAAAUAUGGCUAAAUUGCAUCCCCAUGAACCCGUCUCAUUCAUUUGGUUGGCUCCACAACUUGGCCUGAUGGGUCUUUGUGAGGCAUUCAGUGCCAUUGGACUGCUGGAAUUCUUCAACCGGGAGUUUCCCGACCACAUCAGGAGUGUUGGUAAUGCACUUCUGUCUUGCUCUUUUGCAGGGUCAAGUUACUUGAGCAGUGUACUGGUCACCGUUGUUCAUCGUGUGACCGGAACACACAGCAAGCCAGAUUGGUUGACCAACGAUAUCAAUGCCGGCAGAUUGGAUUUGUUCUAUUUCCUCUUGGCAGGGAUAGGGUCUCUGAAUUUUGUCUACUUCCUUUAUUGUGCUCGACGAUAUCAUUAUAAGGGCGCUGUACACAAGGAGAAUGACAACAACCCUUAUGUUAAUGUGGAGCUAGGUUCAACCACCACUGCUUGAUCCUAUUCCUAUUAAUUUGCAUCAAUAUGUAAUCCUAUAUAUAUAGUUUGUAACUCAAUGUAUGUGGCCGGAAUGAAUAGGGCGCGGCAUGCAUGCUCUUUAGGUAACCGAUUUUGCAACUCUAGAAUGUAAUAUGGGCUCCCCUUUGCAAAUACAUGCCAUUUUGUAAC